GUGUUAUCAAGUACUUGUCUUUAGGGAAGGGGAUGUUCUCAGUUUGUAAGACCUUCCUCAUUUUACUUUUCUCAGCUGGCUAUCUGCAGGGGCUCCAGGUCUACAGGACUGGCUCAUAGGCAAGAAGGAGGGGAAAGGAUACCUGCAGCCUUUCUGAAAGUCAAGAUGAGCCUCACUCAGGCUGAGAAGUCCAUGAUCGGCAUGAUCGACUUGUUCCACAAAUACGCGGGACGUGAUGACACCAUUGACAAGCCAGGCCUGUUGACGAUGAUGAAGGAGAAUUUCCCCAACUUCCUCAGUGCCUGUGAGAAAAAGGGCACAGAUUACCUGGGCAACAUGUUUGAGAAAAAGGAAAAUAACAAGAGGAUUGGGUUUUCUGAGUUUCUCUCCUUGCUGGGGGACAUGGCCACAAAAUACCACAAUCAGAGCCAUGGAGCGGAGCCCUGUUCCGGGGGAAGCCUGUGAUCCCGCCCACCCCAGAGGCCUCCAGAGACCCCAAGAAUAAUAAAGUGUCUAUUCCCACAAGA